AAUGUGUGGAAUUCAUUUCCUGUUCUGCAGCUCUCACAGCGAGCGAGGAGUCGCAGUCAUGGCGAAGCGUGAAGUGAAAACUGUGAUCUGAACAUGAUGAAGGAGUGCUGAUACCUCUGUGCUCCUGCUGGAUUCUUCUUCUCCUCUCCAGGAGGCCUGAGGAGGAGGAGGAGCUGGAGAGGGGGGUCCGCCAUGGCUGAGCCCCUGCUGAAGAGGACCUUCUCCAGGCUGAGAGGCAGAGACAGAUCCCGCAGGAAGACCGACCCCAAACUGAGCGACUACCCAGUAAAUGCUGACACUGUCCUCCAGACGUCUUCAUCACCAUCAUCACCAUCGAUGACAACCACAAGAACUCCACCAGCAGCAGACCCUGAGCCCCCCACACCCCCACAUAACAGCAUCACAGUUGCCAAGAAACAGUCGUGGGCAAGGCAGAGUUCCACUGCUCCGCCCACAACCUUGCCCUCAAGCUCCGCUCCCAGAACCUCUGACCGUGAGCGACCAUCAGGGAUAUCCCAGGAUGCACCUGAGCAGGCCUGGAGUCAGAGGCUGGCACAGGAUAAGACAGAGCAGUGCAGCAACAGGAUGUGCGUGAGCUUGGCCUGGGAUAUGACCAGCAUCUCCUGUGUUCCUGCUAGUUCCACGACAGUCCACCAGGAAACCACACAGCCAGCAGGGGGCUCCCCUGAAGUGCCCACCACACCUGUCAGCACCAAGUCUGGCCAGCGGGCCUAUCUGCAGAGCCUGGAUCGCAGCAGCCGAGCCUGGGUGCUGUCUUCAGGAAAGACCCAGGCUUCAUUAGAGGUCUUUGGGCUUAAGGAGGAAAGUGGCAGUAACAUCUGGUACAACCCAAUCCCUGAGGAGGAGGAUGCAGGAGGUUCGCGCAGGGAGGAGGAAAUAUGGAGGAGGAGAAAUGAGAGGGAGGAUGGAGGAUCAACAAAGAGAGCAGGCCCAGGAGGUACCAGAGAAGAGCUGGGCGGCGCAUGGGUCGGAUCAGCAGAGAGUUUUAGCAGUGACUGUCCACUGGAUGGAGCCAGUCCAAGUGUUAGUCACCAUACUGAUGGCAUCACAACAGAAAACACAGAAUACCUUGCCUCAGACUCUAGCCCCACCUCCCAAAAGAAAGGAGGUUUGUCCAGCAGUGUGAUUGACAGGCUCAGGUCUCCUGGUACGGUGAGGAAACUCUCCCUAAAGAUGAAGAAACUUCCUGAACUGCGCCGCAAACUCAGUCUACGCUCAUCCUCUCGUGCCCAUCGCCAGGGAAAUGACAGCAGAGGAGGCGAAGACGAGUCAACCAGUAAGAAUACAACAUCAUCAUCAGCCUUGUCCAACCAGAAUGUAAUCAGCAGAUAUCACCUGGAUAGCUCCGCCCCUCCGGUCAGGCCGCUGCGACGAUCAUCCAGAGGACGCUCUGCAAGUAAAGGAGGUUAUCUUAGCGAUGGGGACUCCCCUGAACUGCUGCCACGGCAACAGACACCUGCCCUUACAGCUUCACAGGAAGUGGCAUGUGACGUCAGUUCUUUCCAGUUGUAUGUGGGCUCCAAUCCUCAGCGAUGCAGCCAACGGGUGACAGGUUUACUGACCGUUCAUCUGCUGGGUCUGGAGGAGAUGAAGACCAGCAGGUCAGAUGACAGUAAGGAAGUCUUUCUGGCCAUCCAGAUUGACGGGGUAACGAGAGCGAGGACCGCCCUCCUGACCCUACGAGGCCCCGCCCUCUCAUUAAACCACGCCUUCCACCUGGAGCUGGAGAGAGCCCGGCAGCUCCGCAUAGUGGUCUUAACACCAGCCAGUCCACAAGCAGUUGGAGGGUCUAAAUCAGGGACAGAUCAGACUUCAGGUGGUCCAACCAGAAACAGAGUCUGCUGUCUGGGUGGAGUCUCCAUCCCUCCACUCUUUAAAGGGAGUCGAAGUCAGCAGCUCUGUGUAAAGUUAGAGCCCAGAGGUCUUCUUUAUGUCAAACUAUCACUACAGGAAAAGUGGGACACACAGUCCAUCAGUGACUCAUCAGUGCCUGCGAAUGUGUUUGGGGUUGAACUGCACCAUCUGGUGGAGAAAGAAGGGUCUGCAUCCCCUGUCCCACUACUGAUCCAGAAAUGUGUUGCAGAGAUAGAACGACGAGGACUGAAGGUGGUGGGUCUGUACAGACUGUGUGGGUCUGCUGCAGUGAAGAAGGAGCUCAGGGACUGGUUUGAGCGGAACAGCUCAGCUGUCUGCCUCAGUGAGGACCUCUACCCUGACAUCAACGUCAUUACAGGUAUCCUGAAGGACUACCUGCGUGAGCUGCCAUCUCAGCUCAUCACCAGGACUCUGUAUCAGGUUGUCAGGGAGGCCAUGAUCCUACAACCCCCACCUGCACCACCUGCGACCCCUGAUCCUGAGCUGGCCCAGAGCACCAUGGAGCUGCUUUCCUGUUUACCACCUCCAGAGAGGGCUACCCUGUCUCUCUUGCUGGAUCACCUCAGCUUGGUGGCGUCCUUCAGCUCGUCCAACAGGAUGACGCAUCAGAACUUGGCGGUCUGCUUCGGGCCAGUGCUCCUCACCCCGACGCAGGAUGCCUGGAGGGCGGGAGGAGGAGGGAGGGGAGGAGGAAAGGUAUUGGGUCAUAAUGAAGAGAUAGCGAGUGCAGUGGAUUUCAAACGACAUAUUGAGGCGCUACACUACCUACUGCAGCUGUGGCCAGUGCCAACCCAUCGAGUCCCAGCAGACGACCACAUAGACAUCUCCCUGUCCCCCUCAGAUAUCACCCCAAGCCUCCCAGACCAACAGCAGCAGCAGCAUCCUGUGCUACGAUUGGCUCUACCACAGAACCCAGAGGAGGAGGCAGUCGUGUCACGUCGGGGUCGAGGAGGUCUAGGCCGGCUCGAGAGUCCACCACCGAUCAACCGGUACGCUGGAGACUGGAGCAUCUGUGGACGACAUCUUCUGUCUGGACAGGAGGCUGAUUAUGAUGAAGUGGCAGGAAGUGAGAGUGACGGAGGCAGCGGGGAUGAAGAGGAGGAGAAGAAAGAGACAUGGUCUUCUGGAGGAGGAGGAGGAGGUCUGUACAUGGACGAGUUCAUGGAUUUUGAUGCUCCAUUUAAUUGUCGGCUUAGUCUGAAGGACUUCGAUACUCUGAUCCACGACCUGGACCGAGAGCUGGCCAAACAGAUCAACUUCUGUCUGUAGAGGAUGAGGAAGAGGAAACUGUUUUGGGAACAACAGGGACGAUAUUUUCUGUCAUGAGGACAGGCUGUAAUCAUCACCGCUGUAUGAGAUAUCAAGCAGAUUUUUUAAUGUUGUAAUGAUGAAAAGUUGAAACACCAUAAACAUGAGAAUUUCAAGAUAUGAGAUCUCACAUUAUGGUAAACUGAUAUGAGAUUUGGUAAUCAGUCAGCAUGUUGCUGGAGAAAAGUGAGCAGGCUGCAGAGCUGAACACUUCAAAAUCCUAAGCAAAGUGAUCAAGAACAAGAUUGAUUGUGCCAAAAAAAAAAUCUAAACCAGAUUACUUUAUAUCUCUGAUCCAAAGACAGACACGGCUUCGUUGUCACUAUGAAGGAUGAAGGAGGAGUUUCUCUCUGACCUCUUCAUAACGUUUUUCAUGUCACUGAUGUCCAGAUGUUCUCAUGAUGAAGACCCUCUGAAGUCACGCGAGUAAACUGAACUGUGUUGCUGUUGUUCUGGGAAUCAGGGUCAGAUCCUGCUGGGUCCUGUUGGAUCCUGUUGGACUGCAUUGGGGCUAUUUGCACUGCUGAAGAUAUAAUUUCACUUUUAGUUGAAGAGAACAAACUACAGAACCCAUCGCUCUGCUGCUUCAUCCAGUCGGUUCCAUUCACGACUGACAUGUUGUUAAAUUUGUUCCUUUUUCUGGCUGAAUGUGAGGUGACAUUCAGAGAUCCUGAAAGGUUGCAAUAAUCUGAUCCCUUUCAGGAUCUCAACCUGGUUUUUCUACCAGACGUUACAGACGUGUGACAGAUGAUAUUGGAGUCAUGAGGUCAUGUGGAGGAACCAGCUGACACAAACCUUCAUCAUGGCCAACACUGUGUCUUGCAUGUCCAGAUUCACGUAAACAUGGAACACAUUAGAAGUUAAAUUCACCUCGUUCACACUCAGAAACUAUUUACACAUGACGUACGUCACAACCACGACAACAGCUGUAGUUCGUGUCGCCCCCUGCAGGUUCCCGUCCGCUGGUGGAGCAGUAGAGCGAUGUGAGCUCCACAUCUUGGUCGGUAUUUUCACGGUACAGAGUUUCUCACUGUGAGGAGUUUGUGAAGCCACAGAAGGAAUACGAUGCCAUAUUCAGUAUUGAUGAUGUCUGUUGUUUUUGUUUUCUUCUCUCUGUGUGUUUUUGCUCUCUGUUUUCUGACAGUAUUAUGUUGUUUUGCACAACUUCAGUAAGCACUUACGUUUUGUUAAUGACGAUGAAGAGGAUGAUGUUUCUAUGCAGAUGAUGUAACCAAAGUAAUAAAGCACAGUUUCUGUCUGUA